CGGCGCCUGAGGCCGGCGGUGAGGCGGGGGCCGCGCUCCCGGUGAGGGCUGAGGGGCCGCGGGGCCGCGCCCGCCCCGGGCUCCCUCCAGCGGCGCCCGGGUCCCGCCGCCCGUGUCCGUGCCGCAUUGCGGGCCCCCCCUUCGCAUCCGCCGCGGAGACCCCUUCCGCUGCGCCGCUCUCACCCCCGGGGCCGGGCCGCCCCCCCCCAUCCCCCGGUGCAAUGAGCUUCUUCGGGUUCGGGCAGAGCGCGGAGCUGGAGCUGGUGCUGAGCGACGGCGAGAGCCGGCGGCGGGUGGAGCACAAGACGGAGGAAGGGAAGAAGGAGAAGUAUUUCCUCUUCUACGACGGGGAGACGGUGUCCGGGCGGGUGGUUCUCACCCUGAAGCACCCCAACAAGCGGCUGGAGCACCAGGGCAUCAAAGUGGAGUUCAUCGGGCAGAUCGAACUCUACUAUGACCGAGGGAACCACCACGAGUUCGUGUCCCUGGUGAAAGACCUGGCCCGUCCUGGUGAAUUCACUCAGUCACAGACGUUUGACUUCGAGUUCACCCAUGUGGAAAAGCCUUACGAGUCCUACACGGGGCAGAACGUGAAGUUACGGUAUUUCCUCCGCGCGACCGUCAGCCGCAGGCUGAACGACGUGGUGAAGGAGAUGGACAUCGUUGUGCACACCCUGAGCACCUACCCCGAGCUCAACUCCUCCAUCAAGAUGGAGGUGGGGAUUGAGGAUUGCCUACACAUUGAGUUUGAGUACAACAAGUCCAAGUAUCAUUUAAAAGAUGUGAUCGUUGGCAAGAUCUACUUCCUGCUGGUGCGAAUCAAGAUCAAGCACAUGGAGAUAGAUAUCAUCAAGAGAGAAACAACAGGGACCGGCCCCAACGUCUACCAUGAGAAUGACACAAUAGCCAAAUACGAGAUCAUGGAUGGGGCACCUGUGAGAGGGGAGUCCAUUCCCAUCAGGCUCUUCCUGGCUGGCUACGAGCUGACUCCAACCAUGAGGGACAUCAAUAAGAAGUUCUCGGUGCGUUAUUACCUCAACCUGGUGCUGAUCGAUGAGGAAGAGAGACGCUACUUCAAACAGCAGGAGGUGGUGCUCUGGCGGAAAGGAGACAUCGUGAGGAAGAGCAUGUCCCACCAAGCAGCCAUCGCCUCCCAGCGGUUUGAGGGCACCUCCUCGCACCCCGAGGCCAAGACCCCCAGCCAGCCUGCAGAGAACAACGGCCGGCAGUGAGGGGCCAUGCAGAGGAUGCUGCUGUGGAGCCAGAGGGACAGCAGCAGCAGCAGGAGGAGGAGGACAAAACACUUGAGAGACUUUGUGAAAACAAAUACCCGUUUUUGACUUAAUUCCUUUCUUCAAAGGACUCGCAGGGUGGGAAGGGACGGGAGGGCAAAGCGAGCUGCGGCACUGGCGCUGCGGAGCUGAAGGUACCUCAGUGCUUCCCAAUCAACGACAUUCCUCUGGGAUCGGCUGCUUUGAGGCGUGUGUCCGGAGGCUGUGGAGCCACCUGAUCUCUCUGCCCCGAGACCCUUUUGGUGUGGCAGUGGGGAGGGAGAGAGCAAGUGAAGGCCACAUGUGCUGCUGCUUCCCAGCGGGGUGGAGGUUGCUCUGGGGCUGUGGAGGAUGGAUGUUUUCUUGCCUUUCUGAAACCUUCCCGAGGGAAAAGGACACAGGGAUUAGCUGGAAGGUAGAGGAGGGACUCAGAGCCUGAGGUGUGGCCUACUUGAAAUGCUGAGCGUUAUCCCCUCGCUGCCUGCUCUUCCUUUCCAUGCUGGAUUCCUUGUCACAAACAGCUGUACCGUGUCUCUGGCUCAGCCGCAGCGAGCAGGCUGCAGUGUCCCUGCUGUCGUGGCAAGGGGGAGCUGUGCCUGCCAGGAGGGAGCGAGGCACGAGGAUGCAGGAGGAGGUGGCACAGGUUGGGCAGAGCUGUGAGGGUCCCAGUGCUGCUGGGUGGGCAGGAGGUGGGGGCAGAAGGCUCCUGGCCAAGAGCAGUGCCUUCCUAGUGUUGUCCCAGCACCUGCAUGCGUGCCCCUCUCUGGUUGCUGCUGCAGAGCAGGGGCCGACCAGCCUGGAGAGCUCCAGAGGAUGCUUUUGGGAGGUGAGACAUCAGUGGGGGGCUCUCUUGGGGGUGGGCUUACACUGCACACGCUGUCCUGCUCGUUCCUGUGUCCUUGUGGCAGAGCAGACUUUGUAGCAGGGCCAGACAGGGCAGUGUAGAAACACGUGUGUAUUGUUGUAUUUGAUUCCUCACGCCGGUGGGAGGAGGAUUAGGAAGGACAAAGUGGAUGAAAUGGUUUUAAGAAGCUUAUGGCCUCUGUGUGCUGCUAGAUGAAGCCAGGCAGCAACUGGAAGGAUGGUAGAGCUCUGUGAUUGCAGAGACACGUUCCUAAGGUCUGAGCUGAGGGUCUGAGGGUAGUGCUGUGAACUGAGAACCCGAAUGUGGGCUUUUCCUUCCCUGAAUUAAGCCUUUCCUAGUCUUCAGCUAAGUGAAAUCAUGAGAACAUUCCCAGAAGGGAGUCAUUCCUCCGUUACCAAUUAGAUGUGGCUUUGUAGACUUGAUGGAGUCUGAAGAAUAUCCACCCUGUUUAGAUGCCCUUUGAGGAAGCAGGGGGCUAGACCUCCUACCCGAUGGAGAGAGAGAAGCCUGCAGGAAAUGCUGGGAUAUGAGCUCUAUCAGGUGGGAUUUGUCUGGAUUUCCCUGUGAGUCGGUGGCUCACUAGGGUUUUGUGCAGCUUCCUUUUGGCUGGAAUGUCUUCUCCCUCUCAGUGUAGAGCCUUGCAGCUGGGAUGUGGAAGUAUCUUGUGCUUUGCUGAGUGGAGCAGUGCUGGUGGAGGCAGCGGGGCCUGGGGGGGAAGGGGAGCUUUUUAUGUACUAAGACAGCUGCUGUAUUCCAGUGAUAAAUGUGUGUUUCUGCUUGCCAAAGUAAGUUAUCUUUUACUCACCACGUGUAAGGCUGUGGUUGUUAGUAGAGCUGGACAGCCUCGUGCUGUUGUCGAGGACACUACUGAGCUCAUCUCUGCCCAAUGCUGUGUCUCACCAUGUUCUGCUCUAACACGAAGACGUGGCUUGCUUUCUGCACUGGAGAGCUCUGUGCCGUGGCUGGAGCUGGGUCUCCUUGGGGCUGAAGCAAAAGCUGACUUCAGACAAGUGCCCUGUGCCAGGGCAGGGGGUGGGAAUCUGCUGCAGGCCUCAGUGGCAAAGGAAUCUGGAUUUACUCCUUACUCUCCCUCUCUGUGCAGGGGGACCUGUGCUGUGGCAAUACACAACCUAUUAGGGACUAGCGAAGCUCCUGUUGGGAGCCUUUGGGGAUAGCAGACUAUCCUUCCAUGGCUUAGCUGAGCACAGCAGCACCCUAACCCCCUCUAGCUUCCCCUCAGCUCCCAUCCCACCUGGAAUUCCUCUGCUUGCCCAUUCCUCAUGCUCGUAGGCCAUGUGGUGUUAAAGAAACCCCGUGGGUGAAGGUGUCUCUGCAUUCCAGGAGUGUUUUGUGUACUGGCUGAGCAGCAGCAGUUCUGGAUGUGGGAUAACUGACAAGGCACAGAUGGGAGAGUUCUGUUCCACAUCUGCUCACCGCUUCGGGAGGGUUAACUUGGAAAAGGUGCAUGAGUUGAGUUGUUUGGGUUGGUUUUCCCUACUCCGUGCCCCUCUCCCAUGUCCCUCCUUGUGGAACCAGAACAUAGAAAUGAUUCCCAGUUUUACUUCAUCUAAUGGACCAUUGAACCUGUUGCCCACUAGGCCCUGUGUUUGUCUGGGGUGGAGCAGAUGCGCUGAGCCUCUCCAGAGAGAAGCUGAAGCAUAAGGUCACUCCAGGUAGUAGAGAAGAGCAUUUCCUUAGCACGGUAAGGGGCAGACACCGCUGGAGCAGUCGUGUCCCCUGAGGUUCUGUUGAGUACUUGGCUCAUUCCCUCUCCCCCAGGCAGGUUGGAGCAGGGGCAGUGUGCAAGUACUCCGACCAAGCAGUGCAACCUGUAAUUAAGCCUCUGCUGUGUUUACAUGUUUCUUAAUUCGUCAUCUUUUCAAUGGCUGUAUUUUCAAACUUGGGUUUUUUUUGUCUCUCCGAUUAAAAAGAGCCAGCCCUGGCUGUCAAUGCUGUGCACGA